AAACUUACUGCUUGUGAGUAGAUAAGGAGCUGUAGUACGCCAUGUCUGGAGAGAUCAGGUUCGAUGGACGCGUCGCGCUCGUCACAGGCGCGGGUCAAGGUCUGGGCCGUGCCUACGCCAUUCUGCUGGCUUCACGCGGAGCGGCAGUAGUCGUGAAUGACCUUGGUGGUGGUGCUCAAGGAGGUGAUGGUGGCUCUUCUCGCCCCGCUGAUAUAGUUGUCGAGGCGAUUCGCGCUGCAGGCGGGAAAGCAGUCGCUAACUAUGAUUCAGUGGAAGAGGGAGAGAAGCUGGUCAAGACUGCGCUGGAUGCUUUUGGCAGAAUCGAUAUUGUGGUGAAUAAUGCUGGAAUUCUGCGUGACAAGUCUUUCCUGCGUAUCACAAAGGAAGAUUUCGAUAUCAUUCAGCGUGUGCACUUGCGUGGUUCCUUCCUUGUCACACAGGCCGCGUUCCCUCACAUGAAGAAGAACGGUUUUGGUCGUAUCAUCAUGACGGCGUCAGCAUCUGGAAUGUACGGUAGCUAUGGUCAGACCAAUUAUGCUGCUGCUAAGAUGGGUCUUAUUGGCCUAUCCAACACACUGGCGCUGGAAGGUGUUAAGAAUAAUAUCCUCUGCAACACCAUUGCACCAAUGGCUGGCUCUCGUCUCACCAAGACUAUCUGGCCACAGCAUCUUGUUGACCUAAUCAAGCCGGAGUACGUAGCACCUCUUGUAGCUCUGCUGUGUAGUGAGGAGUCUGACGUCACCGGGGGCUUGUUUGAGGUUGGAGCUGGAUGGGUAGCUCAAGUUCGAUGGGAGCGCAGCAAGGGUGCAGUCGCCUGGUCCAAGACAGUUCCUUGCUCACCGGAAUCUGUACGGGACAACUGGGAGAAGAUUACAAGCUUUGAAGAUGCUGAUCAUCCCACGUCAUCUCGAGAUACUUUCAACUAUGUCAUGGCUGCUGUGGAAGGAGCUGAUGAAGUAGAGUCAUCAUCCGGUGCAGCUGCGGGCGAUUCCGGUGAGGAUGAAGGAGUGAAUGUGGAGAAGGCAUUAGGUUGGCGGCCGGCUGCUUCGGAAUACGAGUACGACUCCAAGGAAGCUAUCCUGUAUGCACUGGGAGUUGGCUGCACUGUAUCCGACAAGGACACUUCGCAUCUCAAGUUCCUGUAUGAGGGCCACGACGACUUCUGCUGUCUACCCACAUUUGUCAUCAUCCCGGCUCAGGUCUGUUCUGCUGGUCUCCUGCGCAGUUCACAACUGGCCAGCUUGACCGGCAUGAUCACGGAAGGCAUUCCCGGAUUCAAGUUUGACUUCUCCAAGCUGCUUCAUGGAGAGCAACAUAUUGAGAUGCAUCGUCCCAUGCCGACUUCAGGCAAGCUGCGUUGUCAGAGUCGCAUUCGUGAUCUCAUCGACAAGGGCAAGGGUGCAGUUAUCGUUCAGGACGUGGAGUGUUUCGGUGAGGACGACCAGCUCGUGGCAACUGCUCAGUUUGUCACAUUCAUCGUUGGUGCCGGUGGCUUUGGAGGACCUCGCAGCUCAGCACACCAGAAGCCGACCGCCGACCCCCCUAAGCGUAGUCCAGACGCAGUUGUUACAGAAAAGACCAGUGAAUCGCAGGCUGCCCUCUACCGCCUCAGCGGGGACCUGAAUCCACUGCACAUCGACCCAGACUUUGCAGCCAUGGGCGGUUUCUCCACACCUAUCCUGCACGGCCUCUGCUCAAUGGGAUACGCUGCACGGCAUGUACUGCGCCAAUACUGCGACGAUGACGUCACAAAGUUCAAGGCACUCAAGGUGAGGUUUGUCAAGCCUGUCCUGCCCGGUCAAACGCUCAAGACAGAAAUGUGGAAGGAGGGCAGCCGUGUCUACUUCCGAUGCUCAGUUGUAGAGAGCGGAUCUGUGGUAUUGUCGGGUGCGUACGUUGACCUGGCUGCGAGCUCAUCGGCUACAUCAAGACUCUAACUCCAUCCUUCAGAGAGCUACUCAAACCCUCGGUGGACGCACCUACCCAACUCGGUGGAAGGACGACGCUGCUGGUAUGCCUGUGUGCGUGUCUGCGUGGCCGGCCAUUGCACUGCAACGAGCAUCCUUGUCACUCCCACUGGCCAGUGUGGAUUGUGCCUGUGAACUUUCUACCCGUGAGACUCGUCCUCAUUGAUGGUACAGUACUCACCCCUUGUAAUGCUGGACGUCCUCUGACAUCUCUUUGGUUUAGCUUGUGAAAAUCCUCCGACACCUCUUUGGUUUAUCUUCUGAAAAUCCUCGGGAAUCUCUUAGGUUUAGCUUGUAAAAAAUCCCCUGGCGUCUCUUUGGUUUCGCUCGUGAAAAUCACGUACAAACUAGUCCAAAUUCCAGUGCUUGGAGAGAGUUGAAAGCUGUCAAGUACUUUCCAACAAUCUUAGUAUAAUUUUAUUCUCAAUUGUAGCUGAUAUUUUUUAUUAUCUUUUUUCGUUGUUCCUGAGUGUUGCUAUUUUGUCUGCCUGUGUGUUGUUGGCCUCUUCCUGAAAUGUCUCUGAGCAUUUCUAAUUUUUUGUACUCUUUGUGUCCUUGAUGGCAACGGAUGGCCCGUGCGCUUGA